UUUGGUUGAUAAAUUUGACAAGAGUACUGUUAGCAGGCUAUAGCUUUAUAAUUCAUAAGCUUAAGAAUUAAGAUACAAAUUACAAAUUUUUCAUGUGUAAAACUACUAGACCCUAUAUAAUAGUAGGGCCUAGAUAUAUAGAAUCUAGAAAUGACAAGAAACGAUACAUGCCCUCUGAACCUAACUCCGAUUGGUGAAAACGAGAAAUGGGCGGAGUUCAGUCUAAACAAGAUGCGUGCUGCGUCGGCUUGGGGAACAACACAGCGAGGAAAUAGUAACACAAGACCUUGACCUUUUAAGCACAGUAGUCUCUACAAUAGACAAUCUGCCCUGUGGUUGGCUUCACGGCAUGUUUACCACAUACUAGAAUUCUCGAGGCGAUCAAGAAAAUACAUUAUACUUAAUGCCUGAUUCAUUCUAAACCCACAGAUCUUCCAACAUCAUUUAUGCCUUCUGUGCCACCUUACCAAAGAAAUAGACACAUGAAAGUCAUUGCUUGAACUGUUGAUUUCAUGCAUAAACCACAUGAAAAUUGUUUUAAGGGGAAUCAUUUAUAAAUCAUAACCAAACUCUUCAUUAUAAACUAAAAUGCAUAGACGGUCAACUAAUCUUCUUAAGCGAAGAUCUAGUGGAGCUGGUAAUCAAGGAAAAAAUCAGGAGAUGGGUGAAGGCUCUUCAGAAUCUACCCUGCCAAGUAAAAAUAUCAGAACACGUCUUUCCACUGGAACUCUAAUCAUGACAGGAACGUCGACUGUGUCAACUGCUUCACAAGAAAAUUUGCUAGCAGCAUUGUCAUCUAGCUCUAGUGCUUCUAGACUUCCUAAAAAGUUACAGGGAAAUGCUAGAAAAAGAAAAAUUACAGAAAGUCAAGGUCAUGAUAGAGCAGCAAGUCUGCCUGAAAUAUCACCAAAACGAAAGAAAAUUGGACGUAAUGAUGGUUCAGGGGAAAACAACAAAAAUGAUUAUUUCUGUUGGGUGUGUCACAAAGAAGGCCAGCUGGUGUGCUGUGAACUUUGCCCUCGUGUCUAUCACAGUAAAUGCCUCAGUCAUGAAUAUGUAAAUGAAGAGGACUGGGUGUGCCCUGAGUGUGAGAAAAUUAUGAGGGCAGAAUGCACAGACACAAGAUCUAAAACUAUGUCCAUCAUAUCACUGGACACACUGUGCACCCUGCUGAAAUUUGCUCUGGAGAGGAUGCGUUCUGUUGGGGCAUCAACAUUUGAGCAUCCUGUAGACCCAGUACAGUUUCCAAACUAUCAAGAAUUUGUCUUCUACCCAAUGAGUCUAUCAAUAAUGGAAAAAAACAUCAGAAAAAAGGAAUAUGGCUGCACUGAAUCCUUUUUGGCAGAUGCUAAAUGGAUAUAUCACAAUUCUGCUGUUUAUAAUGGAUUUAACGCCAAAGUGACAUCUGCUGCAAAGUCUUUGUUAAAAGUUUGUAAACAUGAGAUGAAUGAAAUAGAGAUUUGUCCAGAUUGUUAUUAUCAUUCUUGUGCUCAGGAAAACUCAGAUUGGUUUUGUGAACCUUGUCAAAAUCCUCACCCACUUGUCUGGGCUAAAUUAAAAGGAUAUCCAUUUUGGCCAGCAAAGGUUUUGAGAGAAUUAAAUGGACAAAUUGAUGUCAGAUUUUUUGGAGCUCAUGACAGAUCCUGGGUGCCUGUUACCUCCUGCUUUAUGUUGUCCAAAACCUAUCCUGUAAUGAUGAAGAAGGGCAGGAUUGGUAUGGACACUGCCAUGAAAGAAUUGAGCCUACAUGUUAAGAAGUUAAAGGAACAGUUUGGCUCCUUUGAUUAUGCACCACUGCGAACAGAAUACAACAGCAGCAGCACAUGUAUCGAAUCAACAACUAACACAACAACCACCACCACACCAGAGAAAUCUGAUGUCAAGAUCAAAGUGGCUUUGAGACCAAAGGUCAUUGAGGGGCAAUCAGCUGUCAGUAAGACAGCCAUGGCACUGAAGACUAAAUAUAACACCAUCUCCUCCAAAAAGGGAGGUCAACCUCAUGUAGCUAGUGCUAGUAAAGCAUCUAGUUCUGGACCUUCACAAAGACAAGUGUUCUAUUUACGACCAAUGCCUAAAGGAGUUUUUCUGCUUAGUGAGAAAGCCUUGGACAGUGUACCUGCCACAUCAGCAAAACAACCCAAUCCCAAUUUGCCAGAGCUUCAACUUAUUCCCUCUCUGGGAAUAAACAAAGAAAAAACUGCUCAAAAGAGAAAGUCCACAUCUAUCUUAGAAACUAAAACUGAACAGCCAAGUCACAAAACUCAACUGAUUUAUGAAGAGAAUCAAGAAAAGAAAACUCCUGAGGCUGAAAUAGUGGCACGCUUAGAUGAUGCGAACAUAGAAAAGGUGGCAGGCGAUCAGCUUGGGAAUGUGCCAGCAGAGGUCAGCACAGUUCAAGUUGAAGGUAGCAGGGAAAAGGUUCAAAGGGUUGCUCCAGACAAACCAGCAGAUGUCAACAGUGGUGAGGAAGAUGUCAACAGAGGUCAGGAAGAACCUGCUCCUGCUAAAAGUAAAGCUAGCAGUGAAAAAGUUUGUCCUGACAAGCCAGGGGAGAUCAGCAAAGAUCAGGAGGAAGCAACACCAUCUAAAAAGAAAGUUGCACAGGAAGUUGUUACAAGUCUUAGUCCAGAGAAAGUGAUCUUGCAACUGCCAUCACUAUCACUUCUCCCUGCAACCUGCACUUCUCCUAGCAGUUCUAUUGCUACUGGUGCUGAUGUACCUUCAAACAAUACAAAUACAAAAAGCAGCAUUGCUGAACCCUCUGAACCAAUUGCUGAGCCUAAAUCUACUAGCCUAGAACCUAAGGACUUGGAUGUGCCGGAAGCGGCAUGCACAACACCCAAAGGUGCUGAUACAGUGAUACAAACAAACAUUGUGACACAGAGCACUACACUUGACAGCCCAUGUCUCUCUAAAGAUCUUCAAACUUCCCCUGAGAAUGUUACUCUCUCCAAAAGUUCUCCUGCUGACCCUGACUCUGCAGACACAACUGUGAGAGUCAGUCCAGGGCUGAGAUAUAAAGAAAGUCUGGAGAGGGUUAUUGAAACUUGUAAAGCCAAGCUAGGACUUGAUGAUGAGACGCCUGUAGAUGACUUGGCUGACGAUGUUCUGAGUGAUGAAGACUGUGAUAGACUUGGUGGGGACGACAGUGAUUCUGUUAUGCUUAUUGAUGAAGCUUGUGAUCCCACGGAGAGAAAAGAACAGUCAAACAGGUCAUCACCUCUUACUCUAGAGAAAGAUAAACCUGUACCGAAUGAUUCCUUACAUCAAGCAUGUAUGCAAGGCAAUACUUCAAACAUUGAUAAGUGUUCUGGUUCAGACAAUAACAGCACAAGUAAUGAUUUGAGUAUGUCAGAUAAAGACAAGGUCAAAGAUCUGACUGAAACAGUGUGCAGUGAAAAAAUAGUUAGUGUUACAGAUAGUCCUGUAUUGGAAAAUCUGAUCCAGUCCAGUGAAAAAGAACAUGCUACUUCAAAUAAAGAAAACAUCUCUUCAAAUAAACAACAAGGGAAUGAAGGCGAGGAAGUCACUAAAGUUGUUGAUGGCAGUGUUACAGAGAAUGAUACAUCCCCCAAUCUGAAACUUGUUGGCGACCUUAAGUGUUCUCAAGAUGAUUCUCGAGAUUCAGAUCAAAACCUCCUAGAGGUGCCACAGAUUAUCACUGUUGAAAACACCAGUGAUGAAGAGGAUACUAUCACUGAUGAGGAGAAUGAGCUGGUUCUGGACAUGGACAUGGAUUGUGACGAGGCCAAAAACAAUGAUGAUAAUGUUGGCCUUGAAGUUGAUGAUUCUGAAGAGAACCAGGUCGAGCCAAUAAGUACCUCAGAAAAGAAACAAACAGAAUCCAAAUUGAUGCUCACUACACUUGGACAGAGUCUCCUUUCUGCAAGAGCAGCAUCCAGAAAGAUGAGCCUUCAGCCAAAUGUCUCUGGCAAAUCUAACAGUUUGUCUCAUCUAGAGACUCCAAGUGAGGUAACUGUUGGAGCUCUCAGUAGUGAAACAGUAAAAACACAGUCCCAUGACAGCGAACUGGCAACAGCAUUUAGUCAGCUUCCAGUGCCGAUGCAGCCCCUUAGUGAAAGCACAGUUAGCAUACUUAGUAGAACUAUGUCCUCUAAUGUGUCACACAAGAGCCCAUCUACUAAUCUACUCAGUACAUCGAAUGAGCUAACAAUGUCAUCAAAAAAGCUCAGUGCUAUGGUGGCAGACAGCAUUUCAACAGCUAGAACUUUACACUUGGUGAGUCACAAUAAUAGAAAUCCACUGAUGAUAUCAACCUGUCCAAGUGUCGACACCACUACAGUUCAUGCUGCUACUGCCAUACAUAGCCCUACCUCUAGUACAGUUUCUGCCACAGCAUAUGACAAACUUGUGACUAAAUCAACUGGCAUUGCCAGUGUGACCCACAGCUCUGCAGAAGUUAUUCUGAAAGAUAACCCCUGUGCUGCUGUCCUAACUAAUGUAGAUAAGCAGCAAGUGAUACUGCCUUCUGGACAAAAUGCUCAAGACUCAAUAACUAUUCCUAUCCAAACUACAGCGGAAUCACAGACACAAUCAGAAACAUCAGAUACACAAAGGAAUUCUAUGGAAAGUGAUUCCCCUGACACUGAAAUAGGACCCAGUCUUUCACAAACACUUCGUCAGUUGCUUAAUAAAAAAACGUCAACGAUAGAGAAACUGCUAAUGCAGGAGAUGACUUCUCUUAUGAAAGAGGCUGAUGAUAUUGUGAACAGCGUGGAUCCUAAGAAUUUAGCCACAGAAAGACAGAAGAAUCUUUAUGAAAAAAAAUUAUCUGAUGCCAUCCAAAACUCCAAGAUCACAUUAAAAGAAGCCCUGGAAAGCCAUAAAUUGGAGAAAAAUAUUCUAGUCUCGAGUUUAAAAGAACAAUUUACUGCUGAAAUGGAAAAGGUCAUAAGUCAGACAAAGAAAAAACAAUGGUGUGCUGAAUGCUGGAAAGAAGCUCUCUACUACUGCUGCUGGAACACAAGUUACUGCAGCUACAAGUGCCAGCAGAAGCACUGGCCUUCCCACAUGUCUAAGUGCAUGCAGACACAAACCCAGCAACAGAUCACACAGGGUCCAAGCACAGUUCAGGGGCAAAAUGUGAACAUCAUAUCCACUUUGACUCCAGCCACUAGCAGCAACACUGUUGCUACAAUACUCACUGCACCUGUGACAACCACAUCCCACACGCAGGCCACCGGGGCGAAGACUCAGAUUAUCUCUAUUGCUCCUACGCCUACUCAGAUUAAGUCUAGCGAAGAUAUUUCUAAGGUUAACACUAAUGUCAACAAAACCUUUAAAUUAGUGCCCAGCCCAUCAUUAAUCAGCACGAACACUUCUACUAUAAUGGCUAAGGAUAUGGCGUGGCAGAGACAGGGAAAUAUCAAUGCUGGAGUUCAGUUGAUUCCUCAAACUAUUCAGUUACCUCCCAAUUUUCAAAUCCAAUAUGUUCCUCAAGUUGGUUCUCAGGGAACAGUGCCUCAGCAGGUCCAAGUAGUGGGCCAUGGCGGGUCUCUCCUACUUCCACCAAUCAUGGCCAAUGGUCAGCCUUCUGUUCAAGUGAUUCAGAACACUCCCAUUGUAGUAAGACAGCAGCAGCACUUGGUGUCUGCCCAACAGACUUUAACCAACAAUCAGAUCUUGUAUGCUAGUAAUAUUGGUGGAUUGGUACGACAUGCCAGACCUACAUGAUUAACAGUAUUUGUUACAUCUCAAACUGCAGGGGUUAUGAAUCUGUUCAAAGUAUGCCAGGAUUGUUAUGUUUUAGCUUUCAAUUAGUGUACUGGUAUAUAUAUAUAUAUAUGUAAUUUAAAAACAAUUUUUACUUCUGUUAUUUUUCAAUUAUCUUAAAUUGAUAGAAAUAUUAUUACACGCUAUGCCUGUAACAAAUGGAGAUUGUCAGGUUAUUGUUAGUUGCAUUAAUUACGUACAUUUUAUAUUUUCAAGUCUGUGUAAACUUGAGUAUAAUGUAUAGAAUAAUCACCCAUUGUUCAAAACAAUUAGAUAGUUAUGCAUGUUUUGGUUUAUCUGCGAUAUGUUUGUGUGUUGUACAAGUGGCACAUCAUGGUUUUAAGUGUUCAAUAUAAAUACCAAGUUUUAAUAAAUUUUCAAUAUUACAUUGUUAUUUUGUAUUUUAGUUUUCAAGUGAUGCUAUGCUUUGGAUGGCUUAUCACAAAAACAAGAACACAAUUUUACAAUUGUUUUAUUGAACUGUUUUAUGAAACGUGUAAUACAAUAUUUAUCUACUAAUAAUAUAUAUAAAUAUAUAUAUAUCAAAAUGAUUGUUUUAGGACUUAGUAUUAAAACUUACUAAUAAAUACUAUUUACAGAGAGCACCCAUAAGCAUAUGACAUCAGAACACUGCAACUGACUUUAACAAAACAUUUUUGGCAUAAGCUUGGCAAAAACAGACCCCUGCAUAAACUUGCAACUAGCCUUUAAGCUCUCAAAUAGUAGUCCACAAUGUUAAUUGCUUAAAUACUAUAAGAGUAAACCACAUUUCAAUACUGUACAUGUGUUGUACACCCUCACCAGUAAAAAAAUGUACACUUGGAGAGAAUAUAUUCUAUCACUACCAAUACCUUCACCAUCCUACACAUGACUCCAUAUACAUACAUGGUCUACACUUUGGGUUAAUGUUUAAUAUUAAAUUUAAAAACUAGACCAAACAUUUACAAAUAUUAAUAUAAUAUAAAGAUCACAGAACAGACAUAAAAUAUUAACUAUCAAAUGUACUCUGUGUGAUGGAUAGAUAGAACACAAAUACAACAGAAUAUUUUGUGCUCCUUGAUAAUUCUGUGAAAUUCUUGUGUGCCUUAUACUUAAAUAUAUCAAACUUUAAGUAACACUUAAAAUGGGAACCAAGAAGGAAGAAAAAAAAAAGAAAAA